AUGAUAUCUUCCAAAAACAAUGCAAGCUAUCUAUGCCUCCCGAUCUUCAGUAACAGCACAGCUCCACCUCACUAUCAAAUCUUUACCGAUCCCAACUAUUACGCAGCAGGAAUUAAUCCUUCCGACGUUGCCAACGCAAUACUUGAUCGAUACGGGGGGAAUAAACCUAUAGUUCCAGGUCGUGAUUGUGCCGAUACAGUUAUUCAAGCCCCAUCUUCCCCUCAACUUGAGGGUGUCGAGGUUUACGGAACUUCUGGUUGA